AUGGCCCGUAUUGAAGCAGAGUUGGAACAGCCGCUUACAAGACUUUUACCUCUUGGCCUUGGUCUUCUUUAUCUUGGAAAAAAGGAAAGUGUGGAGGCAACUGCUGAACUUUCAAAGACUCUUGGUGUAAAAAUGAGAAAGUAUUGGGACACGACACUGCUAUCCUGUGCAUAUGCUGGAACUGGGAAUGUUCACAUGGUAGAAUAUCUUUUGGGUCAAUGUUCACAACAACAUCUUGAAGAAGACGAAGUGGACCAGGGUCCUCCUGCAGUGCUUGGAAUUGCUAUGGUAGCAAUGGCUGAAGAAUUAGGUCUUGAGAUGGCAAUUCGAUCAUUGGAACAUCUUCUACAGAAUGGAGAGCAGAAUAUUCGCCGAGCAGUUCCUCUGGCACUUGCUCUACUGUGUAUAUCAAAUCCAAAGGUCAAUGUUAUGGAAACCUUAAGCAGACUAAGCCAUGACUCUGAUUUAGAAGUAGCAAUGGCAGCAGUUAUCUCCUUAGGUCUAAUAGGUGCUGGGACCAACAAUGCUCGAAUUGCUGGCAUUCUUCGCAAUCUUUCAAGAUAUUACUGCAACAAUACCAACCUUCUAUUUUGUGUGCGGAUUGCCCAAGGUCUUGUACAUAUGGGAAAGGGCUUAUUAACACUUAAUCCGUAUCAUUCUGAUCGCUUUUUACUAUCACCGACAGCACUUGCAGGUCUAGUUAUUAUGUUGUAUGCAUGCCUCAAUAUGAAAACUGCAUUCUUUAGAAAUUAUCACUAUGUUCUCUACUUCCUUGUUUUAGCAAUGCAGCCGAGGAUGUUGAUGACUGUGGACGAGAACUUGAAGCUUCUGUCAGUGCCUGUUCGAGUUGGUCAAGCAGUGGGUGUUGGACAGGCUGGUCGUCCCAAGAUAAUCACUGGUUUUCAGACCCACUCCACCCCUGUCCUCCUGGCUGUUGGGGAUAUGGCAGAGCUAGCUACAGAAAAAUAUAUACCUCUAUCACCAAUUCUUGAAGGUUUCGUAAUUUUGAAGAAUAAUCCAGACUAUGUGGUAGAGUGA